AUGUCUUUAACACGUGUAGCCCCGAGUAGACUUGUGCCUGGGGCAAAUGGUGUCUUUCUUACACGUGCUGUAAAGAAGUUAACACCAAUUGAAGUGGCACCGCUGCGGGAUGCGAUUGCCCCUCCAUACAUGGUGAAUCUCAUUCAUACACCUUCUCAUACCAUAUCGCUGCGGCGUUUUCUCGCCCUACGGCAUCAAUUCAGUACAGGACUGUACUUCAAUAUAGCGACAGCACGUGGAUGGUAUUUACUAGUGCCGAGCCAUCACGCACCACUUGCAGAUGCUGCAGGACUUCAGGCUUGGCGAGAUCGACAUCAUUAUAGGUAUCUUGCUGGAAAGAGAGAGAAGAAGAAUAAUACGGAUAAUCAUAAUAAUAAUAAUAAUAAUAAUAGUGUGUUGGAGCAGAGUGUAUCAACAACGGCAACAACUACUAAUGGAACUAGGAAAUUGGAUAAUGAGUCUGAUUUUUGUAAAACUGAGGAAGAGGAUGGAGAUAAUAAUAACAAUAAUAAUGAUUUUGAUGAUGAUGAUAAUGAUGAUUAUCAUUAUUCUAGUAGUGACAUGGAAAGAAUUGGAAAGUAUAGUUCUGGAUCAUUAACUACAAAGAAAACUUCACAUCCAUUAUCUCAGAGACCACAACUUCAUAUAUCGCCUCUAACUAUUGCAGAGGAUCAUCUCUUUGAGAUCAAUGAUGGUAUUCUGUGGGAAAUACCUCCACGAGAUGAUCUUGCCAACUGCGAGUACUGGAAAAUGCACAGAGAACGUAUGCAAUUAUAUGAAGAUACAAACUCUGGUAAAAGUGAAGAAGAGUUACUUACCAUGUCUCAAUCUAUAGAUGGUGAAAGGGAAUCAAAAGACGGGGUGAUAAAGAAGGAUCAAUAUAUGCAGAUGCAACAAAUCCUUCGAGCCCUCACACGUAAAGCCAAUGUACGAUUAGAGGUAGAUGAUAAUACACACUUACUGACACUAGUGCCAAUUGUAAACUUAAAGGAAGGUGACGAGUUGUUCCUUCAUUACGGUCGUGAAUGGUGGUCUCAGCGACUUCUCUCUAGUGUAUUUAUGUCCGUCUCAGAUGCUGAAAUGAGAAAUGUUCGCUGGAUUGAAUCUCUUUUCAUGGAACCUACAGAUGUUGCUAAACCAUUUCCAUUGCUUUGCUCUGCAAUUGCAAAAAAGAAGCAUAAUAAGAAGAAUAAGAAAAACAGUGAAGAUAAAACUGAAAAAGAGCGUGUAAAUGAAAUGUCUAGUUCUAGCAAUAUUUCAAGAGUAGAAAGUGAAGGAAAGUUAGUGCUCUAUAAUAUAGCCACACAGCGAAAAGCCACAGAUACAGAAUCCCUUGUUUUUGCGCUGCGUAGAAGUUGUGUUAACCAAGAUUUUUUUACCCGUUUGGUUGGGGCACAUGGAACGGGAGUGUUUGAUGUCUCGCGUUGUGAUGAUGAGAUUCCACUUCGUCAACUACGCCGUGUGUUGUUGGCAUCCCUGCGUGAAGAACAGUUAUCGCAAUCCACAGGAAUAUCAACAACAGCAACAAGAAGAGGAGGAAAAGAAAGAGAAGGAGAAGGAGAAGAAGAGGGCGGCUUAAGAGUUGGGUUGAAAAAAGGAGAAGACGAGGAGGAUGAUGGUUCCCUCGUGCUUUGA